AUGCCCCAUCCCCACACACUCGCCUCUUCAAGCACCCUUUGUAGAAGACUUCUCAGCUCUGUAUCUCUCUCUCUCUCAGCAAUGCCCACAACCAGAAGAAAGCUCCUCCUGAACACAGUUUCAGUCGACAUAACCUGCAGCUGCAGAAAACUAAAGCUGUUCCACAUAUUCCAUCCAAAACCAAGACCCAAAAAGCCUACAUACCAAAGACACAAUCACUAUUCAUCUUCUUCUUCAAGCUCAAGGGAAAAAGAGAACAGUACCACCACCACGACCACCACAACCACCGUCAACACCAACGGUACAUUCUCUCCCUACACAGACUAUUCGCAACAUUCAGAUACCGAGACCGAGAUGAAGAGCUCACGAAGUGUCAGAGGCUUUGGCAGGAUAGACGGUGAGAGUGUUGCAGUGGAGAAAGAUUCCGCCGACCCGUAUAUGGAUUUUCGGCACUCAAUGCUCCAGAUGAUACUGGAGAAUGAAAUAUACUCCAAGGACGAUCUCCGUGAGCUUCUAAAUUGUUUUCUGCAGCUUAAUUCUCCGUACAACCAUGGACUCAUUGUUCAAGCUUUCACUGAUAUAUGGAACGGGGUGUUUACUGUGACCUCUAGCUCUCCUAAGCUGCAGUAUUUUGGGUACAAAUCGCGUGAGUUCUAGAUGAUGCAAGUGCGUUAAUGGCUCGUGCUUGUGGCUCUGGGUCAACUUCAGUCCUACGAAUGAACCAAGCUUGUAAUGUUGAUGUAUCAUGUGCUGACAAAACUAAGAUGGGAAGUGGGAAACAAAUUUUAAUUAAUGGCAGAAAUUGUAGCACUUUUUUAAAAUUUAUUUGCUAAUCUUCUUGUCUUUUGUGGGCGUUUAUGUUACGUGUAUGAUCUUCUGAUAUGGUAAUCUGUUUGUUGAUCUUA